AUGGCAGCAGCACCGCCAGCUCCGAAGCCAAAAGAAAAGGGUCCGGCAUGCAAGUUAUCGUCAAUAAUCAACGGACAAUUUGUGAUGGUCCAAAUGCUUGGAAAAGGUGGCUACGGAGUAGUGUACGAAGUGAUUCGUCGUGACUCUCCGAGUGUUCGAUUCGCCUGUAAAGCUGAGUUGGCACUUGCACAUAAUAAUCUGAAAACAGAGUGGGAUCUGAUGACAUUACUAAAGGAUAACAAAUCGAAACACAACAUUAUCGGAAUUGAAUUGGGAAGUGAAAGGAACUACAACUACAUUGUCAUGCAUCUUGUGGGUCCAUCGUUGGCCGACUUACGGAAGUAUAUUCCUAGUAAGACAUUCACCUUGUACACUACAACAGUUUGUGGAAUUCAAUGCUUCGAUUCGUUAGUGGAAAUUCAAAAACUAGGAUACAUUCAUCGAGACGUGAAACCAUCGAAUUUUGCAAUUGGAGUACUCGGAUCAGAUGAAGAGAAAUUGGUUUAUGUUCUGGAUUUUGGAUUGUGCCGAAAUAUGUUUAAUAAGAGCAAAGAGCUCCGAAAGCCACGUAUGAAGGCUCCUUUCCGUGGAACCAUUCCAUAUUGUUCUCUGAAUAUUCAUCAAAGAAUGGAACCGGGACGACACGACGACUUCUGGUCACUUCUCUACAUGAUGAUCGAGUUUCAUUUAUCAGAUUUACCAUGGGAAAACAUGACGAAAGAGAAUACGAAGAAAGAAAAGGAGUCAAAAAUUGAUUCGCUUCUGGCAAAAUGUCCCCCAGAAUUUCAGAUGAUUCGAUGCUAUUUGUUGACAUUGUGCUAUUCGAGAGAGCCUGAUUAUGCAAAAAUUCGUGGAGUUCUUUGUCAAAUAAUGAUUACUAAUAAGUUCACCCCGGAUAUGCCACUUGAUUGGCAAAACGGAGGACCGUAUGAGAACAUUUUCAAGCCAUUAGCUUCAGCAGUCAAGCACAAAAGAAGCAAACAGAAAGUGAGUUUGGCGGAACUUUUGGAUCUUCCAAAACCUGGGACAGCUCCACUUUACACUGAAAAAGACUUUCCGCACCCAGGAGAACUGGAACAACCGAGAGACGAAUCAGUCUCAAAAAGUGAUGAUACUAUUAUUGAGAAAGAUGGACCACCACCAGCACCGAAACCCGCUCCGAAGCCAAUUAUUCAUCCAGCGCCGGUUAAAACUUCAGGGGAGAAUCAUCACAAACCGGGAACUACAAUCAGUAUGAAACCAGCCGUUCCUCGUUCAGCCGGAGAGCAUAACAGUGUGAAACCGGUGGCUCCUGCAAGUUCAGUAUUAACUCGUUCACCUACUGGACACCAUUUGAGUCUGAAACCGGUCACACUGACUCCACGUCCUCCUGGUGAAAUACGUCAAAGUGUGAGAAGAACGGCGACGGUUACUCCACGUGCAAAGUCCGAUAACGAUUCAUUGAAGCCGGCUGCUGUUUCGUUGAAGCCGGCUGUUUCUACAAUGACUACGAAAGCUCAACAUCCAACACCACCGCUAGCUGGAUCAAUGGCUGCUCCAGCAAUGACAAUGCCUCCGUUUAAGAAGUUAUAG